AGGGCCGUCUUGGAUUUAUGCUGUCCUGAGCCGUUACCGGUUCCUUUAAUUUUAGUGGUUUUACACCCAAACAAGGUUACGAAAGAAAUGAAAUGACAGAAAAAUAAAAUGACAACAUACAGAAUAAUAAGACAGCUGGAAAGGAUCGGUUCGGGGUUGAUACGUCAGACGUUUGCUAGCCAGUCUCUGCUCCAUCCAGUGACAGCAGUUACAUGUAGACACCAUUCUUCUGAUUCAGACGACAAAAAGAAACCCAAGAGGAAAAAAGGAAAAACACCUGCAGGUCGAUUCGAUGAUAAAUGGGAGCACGAUACAGAUGAAUCUGUAGAAAUAUACUCAGAGCAAGAACCAUUAGAACGUUUUCCAGAUGAUAAAAAUCCAGUGACUGGAGAAAUAGGUGGACCUCGUGGUCCUGAACCUACGAGAUAUGGGGACUGGGAGAGAAAAGGACGAGUAACUGAUUUCUAGUCAUCCUUUAUAUUUGAAUAAAAUGUGACAUUUCUCAAGAUGCCGAGCGAUUAUAAAUAUAUAUGUGAUAAAUAAGAAGUACUCACUUUAAUAAAUAAUCUCUAAUUAAUUGAGGAAAAUGUGAGUAUAUAUGUCUGUGCAAGCUAAAUUUGUUCAUUGCAUAUGUGUUUAAUGAUAUUAAGGAGCUAUAAAAAUAAAUACUUUUUUGAUGAUAUAGAAAACUUUUCUAAAAGAAUUGUUCUUGCCAUGUGUUGGAAAUUUGGUUUGAUAUAACAAACUUUUGAAAAAAAUGUUGCUUGUGUGAGGUGUUUUGUUGUUUCUUGGAAAAUAAUUGUAUCAGUACAGGUAGUUAAUAAAGUUGUUUCUUUCUUA